AAGGUGAAAAUGGAGUCUCCACUGUGUGAGCAGAGGAUCACCAAGGUCUCUCUAGCUGAGAUUCUGAGGUGUUUGGAACAUCCUAUAAGCGAGGAGCAAGCCUGGGCUAUCUGCUUUCAGUGUUGCUGUAAAAUGGAGCAGCUGGCUCGAGGGUUGUACCCACCACUCCAGUCUGUGUUCAUAAAAGGCCUUGGAAGCAUCUUUAUCCAUGCUGAUGGUACUGCUUCCUUCAAGGUGUACCACAACUCCGAUGUUGGCAGCAUCCAGCAGUCAGAGGACAAGCUGCUGGAGUACCUGGGGGUGCUGAUCUAUGAAGCCCUGGACUGGGGAAUCGACAGCCAAGCGGAGCGAGAACUGAGUGAUCCUUUGGAGAAACUGCUGUGCCUCAUGUUGAAACUGGAUGAUGAGGCAGUGAACCCAGCAGUGACCCUGCAGGAUGUUAUUCAGGCCUGUAAGGAGCAUGUGUCCAGGCCUUCUGAGGCUACCAGCCAUUAUGAAAUGACCUGUAGAAGUCUGUUUAUUGAAUAUUUGGAACUUCACAAGCUUGUGACCAUCAUCCAGACUUCCAAAGAGAGUCUGAGAAAAAUGGAUGUGGAAGAUCUGGUGGAAAAUCCCCUUCAGAAGAAGGAAAAACACUGGGCAUCCCUGUGGCCCAAUAUCAUCCGUGAGCUGCAGAAUGGUGUGAGGCUGCGCAAGGCUACUGAACGACCACAGCCUCAAGUGCCUUCAAAAGAAAGUAUCUGCUCUCCCUAUGAAUUACUUUUGGAUGAUAUUCAGCACAAGAGGUACACCCUUCGGAAGGUGAUCAUCAAGGAAAAACGCAGGACCCCGAAAGCUGAUGUAGCUGCUCCCAAGCCUCAUCUAAAACCUGUGCGGGAGAGGAAGCUGAAAGAGUGUGUGCCAUUGGAAUCCAGCUGGCAGGAACAGCUCAUGACAGAAAUAAAACAACCACAGCAGCUUCAGUCAUCAACAGCAAGGGAAAAUGGGAGCAGGCCCAAAGAAAAGCUUGUGACACCAAAUACUGCCUUGAAAUCUCCAAGCAAUACUUUCUUAACUCUCCAAGGUGUCAGUACCAAGUUUAAAAUUAUCAACACUACAACACAGCAUCUGGGACCAGGGGUUCAGGAAACCACUCCCAAGCAGCCUUCCAACACCAGGCUUGCCUCAACCAGGUCAUCAGUAGUAUCCUGCAACAGCACAGGUCUUGCUGCAAAGUGUGCAUGUCUUCCUGUGAGUGCACCCCUACUAGGAGAUAUUAAACAUAAUGGUUUCCUGCACGGUGGCCAACAGCAGCUGCCUCAUCACAGAGGAAGGUCCAAUUCUUUAGAGAGAGGCUGUCAAAGCAAGGAACUUGACUGUCCCUUCCCUACCAAGUGGCCAUCACCAACCAUUGCUGAGCUGAUUGGAACCAGAUAUGUAAUGAUGGUGCUGGAAGGGCAAGGCUUCUUCCAAGGAGGCAGCAAUGGUGUCUUUCCAAGAGCAAAGAUCUGUUUCAGCUGCCAUAAGCAGAUGUUUCUUAAGUGGCCUUACAGCUGUUACCUCUGCAGCAGUGUUGUCUGUUGUGACUGCUGCAUCAAGGCAAGUCUAGUCUUUAGCAACAUGUGGGGUUUUCAUAUUUUCUGUUUUCCCUGCACCAUACCUUGUCAUAGGAAGCUUUCCUUCACCCACUGA